AUGCCUUGUUCGGAGGCACAAGAAUGCGACGUGUACGCCGACAUUACGACGCGAAUGAUUUUUCUCAAUGCUGGCGACAAGAUCAGAGAACACAUGACGAAACAAUCCGAGAAUAUGACACCGAGGAAAGAGAAUGCAAUCCUCAAGACGUCAGCAUCAACGGAAACAUCAACAACACAAGACGGUGCCAUCUGCGCUCCGGAACCCUACGAUUAUGGCUCGUACAAGUGCACUCUUCAUGAGACGAUGUCUCCCACGCCUCGCUCUUCGAGCGAACUAAGGUUUCUCCAUGAGUUGGCGGUGCUGACAAGAGAAGCGGAUCAAGACUCGAUCGCGUCCGCCAUGUCCACACCGACGAGUCUAACUCCAGUGUACCACCUCAGCUCGCUCCCGUCGCCGCUCAUGGACCUUGGGAAUUCGCACCAAGUCUACGACUUACCCUCUCCUUCCUCCUCGCGGUUCAAGAUCAUGAGCGCAUCUCAGGUGGAACUUGCGGGCAAUGUGGAUGGUAUGAAACAACGUGAGGUCCCAGCGAGAAAGCCGAUCUUGUUACAGGCCCAAAUGCCUGAGUACAACUUUGAUAUGUCGGGAAUCGAGAGUUGCUCGGAUCGCAAUCGUAUUUCAUCAUGGAAAUGGUUUGACCUGGAGGUUUUCAAAGGGAGGAACACAAUGAAGCAUCAGUGCAUUGAUGCAGUCACUUGGCAGGACAAGUAUUGUUUCGCCCUAUCAAAAGAGGCGAACCUAUGGUUGGGUCGGGCAAGGACACUGAUCAUGUCAGGUUUGGUACUCAAGUACGGAGGCUAUUUCUGGUUGGAGGGCAAGAGAGGGAACGGGGGGCGUUUGGCAUUAGAGCAGCAAUUGAGAAACAGAGGAGGUUGGGGUAGGGGGGUUGAGCAGAGGAACAGGAAGACCGCAGAGAGCAGCAACAUGUUCAGCGACGUGCAGCAGUUUGUCGAGCUCGCCACCUUCGCGAAUUGCGAUGAAAAAUCUGAGACCAUUGAUCUCUUCUUUCCAGGAACCACCAAUGGCAACCAUGGUUGCAACACCACCAACACCACCAUGACCGGCGGAAACGGCAAGAGCGACUUUGGAGGCACCAUGAUCUGCCAGUCAACCAACGGCGGCUUCGGGGUGUCUUCUGACAGCUACGGGCUUGACACCGUCGACUGUAAGUUAGCCUGCUGA